CUUCGUCUGAGUAAUCUAAAUCAGCAACUCACUCAAUAUUCAUACCUUCUGGCUCACUACUUGUCGUCGACUCAUUAUUGAAUGUCUUAACUUCACUAAUAUCGAUAUACUGUACUAGAUACACUAGCUACUUCUGUACAGAGAGAGGAAAUCAGUCAGAUAUCACCAAAAAAAAAACAUUCACAGGUCAUCCAACCCAAACCCAAAUCCCCCCUCCCCCCACCUUCCACUUUAAGACGUGGCAGGAGAGCAUUUGACAUUAAAAUCUGAUAACUUCCUUCCUCGACAACUCACACUACGUACAUUUUGAAUCUCAUCAAAUCAAUACAGACUGCAUCCACUUAUUCUUGGUUAUCCCGAUAUAUUUGCUCGUCCUUCCUGCACUCGUACUAUUGGUCUCUUGUUAGACAUUCCGGAAGAAGCUUGUAGCGAAGCCAAUCCCUUUCGUAGUCAAGGCUCCUGAGAUUCGGGUAGCAAAUAUGUUCUCUUCGGUCAGUACUCCAUAGCCAUUCUCUACUGUUGAUUCUUGACUUUCUUCACUCCUCUUAUUUACUCCGGAAUUGCCCCAUUCUUAACAACUCACAUCACGAGAUUAUGGAGACAUAUUCGUGAUUUGUGAGAUUUAUGACUGAUGUCCUCCUGUCAUGGCGAGCAUGGUAGUAGGUCUGCCAAGAGAAAACUUCAACGUCGCCAUGCAAGAUCUUACACUGCGUCAUACAUUCCUUCAGAACCUCAAUCCGACUAUUUCCAUAGAGGUCAUGUGGGAAAUCUUCUUUUUGGCAGACAGAAAACAACAAAGACAGAGGAACUAAUAUAUGUUCGUCGUAAACAGAAGAAACCAUAUUCAGCAGUUACCGUCGCUAUCGAGCGUCUCACUAGUGAAGAAAACGAGGACGAUGCCUAUGGCGGUAUUCCAGAUUUGGUAGAUGUUAUCAAACUUCAAGCUACCGGUCCUAGAGAAGCCACUCGAGCUCUUCGAAAAAAGCUCAAAUAUGGUAACGUACAACGUCAGCUUCGAGCUUUGGAAAUUUUGGAUGGCCUUGUUCAGAAUGCCGGCCCAAAGUUUGAACAUGUUUUUGCCUCCGAUGAUACUUUCCUCGAACGUCUACGUGUCUGUGGUGUUUCAAGCACUUCGGACCCUGCAGUGAAAGCUAAGUGCAGGGAGCUAUUUCGAGGCUGGGCAAUUAAAUAUAAGAAAGUUUCUGGAAUGGAAGACGUCGUCAAUCUCCUUCAUGCACUGCCUGAUACAAGGAAGGUUGUCACGCAAGAUAGAUCGAAAGUUCUCCGUGAAACAGAGGAAAAUCCCUUCCAGGAUGACGAGAUUGAAGAGCCAUCUACACCUGUUUCUUCUAAACCAGGUCCCUCUAAAGUUGGACCUUCUCACUCAAGACAAAGCUCUUUAACAACUGCAUCUGCUAGUACCAGAGAGCGGGCAUCCUCAAUUAUGUCUGGAUCUGCUAAGAAGGUCAAGAAAGAUGAUAAGAAGGACAAGAAGAAGAAACAGAAGCCUUUCAACCUAGAAGCCGAGAAAGAAGCAAUGAAGGCUGCUAUCGCGGAAUCAACUGUUGCAUCUACCAAUCUCUUGAACGCAUUGAGACAUAUCGAUCGAGAGAAAGAGCGAAUUUCUGAAAACAAAACAGCCUCGCAGUAUUUUGAUGCCUGUAAACUGCUACGAAGGAAGAUUCUUCGAUAUAUCCAACAUGUAGAGGCCGAGGAAUGGCUUGGAGGUCUUCUUCACGCAAACGAUGGAUUGGUCAGUGCCUUAAUGACGUUUGAACAAUUGGAUAGGUCGAUAGACGCAGACAGUGACUCUGACGACGAAAUGGCCGAACAAGCUCAUCUCUUCAAAAUGGCGGAAAUCAAUAAUGCAGAACGUAAGGCAGGACGUAGAGAUAGUGAUUCAACAACACAACAAUUACAUGAUCUUACACUCGGUACAGGCCCACUUACAGGCCCACAUAGUCCAACUAAACCGGCUCAUCGUCCUGCACCACCUACUCCCGUUCAAGCGACUCACCCGAGAGCACAGGAAUCGGAGGACGAAGAAGAUGAGGAGGAUGAAAAUGACCCGUUUGCUGAUCGCAAUGCUCUUGAUUGAGCGUAGGUUUUGGAUGCUUUGUUACCGCGGAAGACUACUAUCUGGGGUGAUGGAUUGUGGUGCAUUGGAUUAUGUGGAUUUGUUGAUUUGGGUUGGCAGUUUUGGAAGCAAAUGGGAGUUGUUUUAUUGGUAAAUCAUAGCAUGGAUGGAGGAAUAUCGUUUGAAGCGGUGCGGUGCUGUGCAGUGAGGUGUGAAGCUUGGCGGUGAUGAACUGAGGCCGAAAGAGUCAUGGAUAAUGAAUGAAUAGAUGGGGAAUAGGAUAAUCAAUUGCGAAAGUGUACUAAAGGCAUAGUUUAGGAUCAUGAUAAAGCUUUACUACUCUGCAAAUUGAAUCUCUAU